CCUCUUUUGAGAGAGGGGUCAAAAGUCAGAACGUCAAAGAGCCGUGUGAAAUCAAAGACCAAUUUAUUUUCCUAAAACCAUAUAAAAUUACUACAUUCAUCAUCCAUUAGUAUUUCGGUAUUUCCUACCUUCCAUCCAGCAAAUUUUCGUCAUCCAUCAAUCAUCAAUGGAGGUUUUCUACAUGUACCUCCCACUUUUCAUAGCUCUUUACAUCUUCACAAACCAUUUCCUCCGCAAAAUCCGAAACCUCCCGCCAAGCCCUUUUCCUAGUUUACCGGUACUCGGCCAUCUUCACCUCGUGAAGAAACCUCUCCACCGUGGCCUAGCCAAGAUUUCCGAACGUUAUGGCCAUGUUCUCCUCCUCGAUUUCGGCUCCCGUCCCGUCCUCGUGGUGUCAUCCCCUUCCGCCGCCGAAGAAUGCCUCCACCGGAAUGAUAUCGUUUUCGCAAACCGGCCGGAUUUGCUCGCCGGAAAAUAUCUGGGCUACAAUUAUACGUCGCUAGCAUGGUCGCCGUACGGCGAUCACUGGAGGAAUUUAAGAAAGAUUUCUUCUUUGGAGAUCUUGUCUUCCCAUAGGCUCCAAAUGCUUCACGCAAUUCGAGUCGAUGAAGUGAAAUUGUUGAUGAGGAGGCUUUUUUCGGCAUCCCAAGCGAAACAGAGCGUGGAUAUGAAGUCUAUGUUCUUUGAGAUGAUGUUGAAUGUCAUGAUGAGGAUGAUUGCCGGAAAAAGGUACUACGGCGAGAAUGUUGAGGAAGUUGAAGAGGCAAAGAGAUUUAGGGAGAUUGUUGAAGAGACAAUGAAGAUUGGUGGGGCGUCGAAUAUGGGAGAUUUUUUGCCUAUUGUGAGGUGGUUAAGAUUAGACAAAAUGGACAAGAAAUUGAGGGUUCUUCAGAAAAACAGGCAUCAAUUCAUGCAAGAGCUGAUCAAGGAGUUCAAAACUAAACGACCGGAGCUGCCUAAUACUGAAACUCCCGAAACAGGGGAAAAGAAGAAAACUUUAAUUGAGGUUUUACUAACGUUGCAAGAGAAAGAACCAGAGUACUACAAGGAUGAAACCAUCGGAAGCCUUAUGCUGGUUCUAUUAUCUGCAGGAACAGACACAUCAAUGGGUACAAUGGAAUGGGCAUUGUCUUUAAUGAUAAACCAUCCAUCUACUUUCAAGACUGCGCAGGAAGAGAUUGACAAAGUUGUGGGAACAGAGCGUUUGUUAGACGAAUCAGAUGUAGCUAACCUUCCUUAUUUACGUUGCAUUAUAAAUGAGACAUUGAGAAUGUUCCCACCAGGUCCUUUGUUAGUACCUCAUCAAUCUUCAGAAGACUGCACGGUCGAAGGUUACAGAGUCCCGAAAAACACUAUGUUGCUAGUGAAUUUGUGGGCUAUUCAGAACGAUCCUAAGCUUUGGGAGGAUCCGAGAAAGUUUAAGCCAGAAAGAUUUGAAGGUGUUGAAGGUACAAAAGACGGUUAUAAAUGGAUGCCUUUUGGUACUGGCAGAAGAGGUUGUCCGGGAGAAAAUUUGGCCAUGCGUAUGGUGGGAUUUGGGUUAGGCUCGGUUAUUCAGUGUUUUGACUGGGAAAGAAUUGGAGAAGAAAUGAUUGAUUUGAGUGAAGGUCCUGGGUUGACCAUGCCAAAAGACAAACCUUUGAUUGCCAAUUGUCGACCACGCCCAGAAAUUGUUCAUCUUCUUUCACAAAUUUAAAUCACUAUAUAGUUCGAGUUCAAAUUAAUCAAGCUUCGAUACCAUUAAUGUGUAAUAUACAAAAAAAAAAUAAAAAAUCAAUCUAUGUGUUCUGUGAGGUAGCUUUUUUCCUUUUGGCCAAUCGAGUAGCACUUGUUUAGCUCCUGUUGACUUUUCUUGUGCAAAUUCACAUCUAUUGGUGAAGAAACGAGCAUUAUAAUUUAGCCACUGUAUUUCAUAUAUAGUAGUUACUGUUGGUCAUAUACAUUGGGAGUUUGGCACAUUAUAUAUUUAGUUUUACUAAGAAAAG